AGUAGAUAAGGGGCUGAGAUGAGCAGCAGCCCCACAGAGCAGCAGGCUCCUCCCGACUGGCCAGGCCAUGCUGACCACCCUCACCCUGCUCCUGGGGCUGCCCCUCGCCCUCGCCGCCGAGCCCCCCGGCUGCGCCCCGCUCCGCACGCUCCCCUUGGACAAUGACACCAUCCCUGGGAUCCUGGGACACUGGAUCUACAUCAUGGGUGCCUCCCACUACCCACCUCACCAGGCAGAUAUGGUGGCAGUUAAAUAUGCAGCUUUUUCCAUCUUUCCCAGCGGGCACGAGGAUGAGCUCAAUGUCACUGAAGUCAUGAGAGUGAAUGAGACGUGUGUGAUGAGGAACAACACCAAGAUCCAGGUCUUCAGGCACAACUCCACCCUGAUGCAUGUUGAUAACCAGGUGGUUUCCACUGCUGAGCUGAUCCAAAGUGACAAGGACCUGCUGAUCCUGAAGCACAUCAAUGCCAACUUCCUGGGUCUGAGCCUCUCAGCACGGACACACAACGUGAGCAAGGAGCAGCUGGAGGAGUUCAAAGCCCAGUUGCACUGCCUGGGCUUCACUGAGGAGGAGAUCUUCUUCACAUCUGAAAAGGAUGCCUGUCCCUUGCCUGGGCAGAAGAAUGAAGAAGACAACAAGGAGUCACAGCUGGAUUAACCUUUGAGGGCUGGGUCGGCUGCUCCAUCCUCACCCUCCUCCUCCUCCAGCCCCUCCACAAGGGACAUCCCCCCUGCCAGUCCCAGCUGGGCUGGGCUCAACCUCAGGACUUUCCAUCAAGGUUUCAUUUUCUCCUCCCAGGUGAAUCUCCUGGCUUUCCUGUUCUUGCCCAGACCUGAAAUAAACCCCAUUGAGCCUUUUCCAAA